AUGAUUCCUCUCUUAUCCAUAUUUUCUCUAUUCUUGCUUGUUGUGGUUAACCCUGCAAAUGCCAAUGGUCAUUAUGACAAGAUCUUGGCUCACAGCCGUAUCAGGGGCCGGGAUCAGGGCCCAAAUGUCUGCGCCCUUCAACAGAUUUUGGGCACCAAAAGGAAAUACUUUAGCACUUGUAGGAACUGGUAUCAAGGUGCCAUCUGUGGAAAGAAAACGACUGUGUUAUAUGAAUGCUGCCCUGGUUAUAUGAGGAUGGAAGGAAUGAAAGGCUGCCCAGCAGUUAUGCCUAUUGACCAUGUUUAUGGUACCCUGGGCAUUGUGGGAGCCACCACCACGCAGCGUUAUUCUGAUGUCUCAAAACUGAGGGAAGAGAUCGAAGGAAAGGGGUCAUUCACUUACUUCGCACCAAGUAACGAGGCUUGGGACAACCUGGAUUCUGAUAUCCGUAGAGGUUUGGAGAGCAACGUAAAUGUUGAAUUAUUGAAUGCUCUGCAUAGCCACAUGAUUAAUAAGAGAAUGUUGACCAAGGACUUGAAAAACGGCAUGAUUGUUCAUCCGAUGUAUAACAAUUUGGGGCUCUCCAUUAACCAUUAUCCUAAUGGGGUUGUCACUGUUAACUGUGCUCGAAUCAUCCAUGGGAACCAGAUUGCAACAAACGGUGUUGUGCACGUCAUUGACCGUGUCCUUACACAAAUUGGUACCUCAAUUCAGGACUUUAUUGAAGCAGAAGAUGACCUCUCAUCUUUUAAAGCAGCUGCCAUCACAUCUGAUAUAUUGGAGUCCCUUGGCAGAGAUGGUCACUUCACACUCUUUGCUCCCACCAAUGAAGCUUUUGAGAAACUUCCACGAGGGGUUCUAGAAAGGAUCAUGGGAGACAAAGUGGCUUCAGAAGCUCUCUUGAAGUACCACAUUUUAAACACCCUCCAGUGUUCCGAGGCUAUCAUGGGAGGAGCAGUAUUUGAGACUCUGGAAGGAAACACAAUUGAGAUAGGAUGUGAUGGUGACAGCAUAACAGUAAAUGGAAUCAAAAUGGUGAACAAAAAAGAUAUUGUGACAAAUAAUGGUGUUAUCCAUUUGAUUGAUCAGGUCCUGAUUCCUGAUUCUGCCAAACAAGUUAUUGAGCUAGCUGGAAAUCAGCAAACCACUUUCACAGACCUUGUGGCCCAAUUAGGCUUGGCAUCUGCUCUGAGGCCAGAUGGAGAAUACACUUUGCUGGCACCCGUGAAUAAUGCAUUUUCUGAUGAUACUCUGAGCAUGGAUCAGCGUCUUCUUAAAUUAAUUCUGCAGAAUCACAUAUUGAAAGUAAAAGUUGGCCUUAAUGAGCUUUACAAUGGACAAAAGCUCGAGACCAUUGGCGGCAAACAGCUCAGAGUCUUCGUGUAUCGCACAGCUGUCUGCAUUGAAAAUUCAUGCAUGGUGAGAGGAAGCAAGCAAGGAAGAAAUGGUGCCAUUCACAUAUUCCAAGAGAUCAUCAAACCAGCAGAGAAAUCCCUCCAUGAAAAACUGAAACAAGAUAAGCGCUUCAGCAUCUUCCUCAGCCUACUUGAAGCUGCAGACUUGAAAGAGCUCCUGACACAGCCUGGAGAUUGGACCUUGUUUGUGCCAACCAACGAUGCCUUUAAGGGAAUGACUAACGACGAAAAGGAAAUUCUUAUUCGGAACAAAAAUGCUCUUCAAAACAUCAUCCUUUAUCACCUGACACCAGGAGUUUUCAUUGGAAAGGGAUUUGAACCUGGUGUUACUAACAUUUUAAAGACCACACAAGGAAGCAAAAUCUUUCUGAAAGGAGUUAAUGAUACACUUCUGGUAAAUGAAUUGAAAUCAAAAGAAUCUGACAUCAUGACAACAAAUGGUGUCAUUCAUGUUGUAGAUAAACUCCUGUAUCCAGCAGACACACCUGUUGGAAAUGAUCAACUGCUGGAAAUACUUAAUAAACUGAUCAAAUACAUCCAAAUUAAGUUUGUUCGUGGUAGCACCUUCAAAGAAAUCCCCAUAACUGUCUACACAACUAAAAUUAUAACCAAAGUUGUGGAACCAAAAAUUAAAGUGAUUGAAGGCAGUCUUCAGCCUAUUAUCAAAACGGAAGGACCCACAAUAACAAAGGUCAAAAUUGAAGGUGAACCUGAAUUCAGGCUGAUUAAAGAAGGUGAAACAGUAACUGAAGUGAUCCACGGAGAGCCAAUUAUUAAAAAAUACACCAAAAUCAUUGAUGGAGUGCCUGUGGAAAUAACUGAAAAAGAGACAAGAGAAGAACGAAUCAUUACAGGUCCUGAAAUAAAAUACACUAGAAUUUCAACUAGUGGUGGAGAAGCAGACGAAACUCUGAAGAAAUUGUUGCAAGAAGAGGUCACCAAGGUCACCAAAUUCAUUGAAGGUGGUGAUGGUCAUUUAUUUGAAGAUGAAGAAAUUAAAAGACUGCUUCAGGGAGACACACCUGUGAGGAAGAUACAAGCCAACAAAAGAAUUCAAGGAUCUAGAAGACGAUCAAGGGAAGAUCGUCCUCAGUGA